AUAGAAUGAGGGUAACUUUACCUUCCUCAUUCGCAUCCUUCAGUCUUCCUCAGAUCCACCCACUUCCUCACCAUCGUUCCAGUGCAAAGGCUAACGAAACCAGCACGAAAAUCCCAAAUCCUACCCUAAAAAAACGACAAUCCAAAGAUGGAGCUCCAAACAGAACCGCGACGGAAUGCGUGCUCGGACUCGCCCAGAAGGUCCUGUUCGCUCUUCCCUCUCUGCUCUCUCGAUUCCAUUAUAGCUUGACGAUUUUGAUUUCUCAUUUCAUUUCAUCUUGGUUGGCAAGUUGUUCGGAUUGCAAUCAUGUUAGGAACAUGCACGGCCAAGGAGUCAACCAAUCCCCUCCGUCGCUCCUUCUUCAGCAAUCCCUCAAUCCCUAACUCCAAUAUAAGCUCUCCGUCGCCGUCUUUCGACUCCGGCGGCGUCGCCGUCUUUCGACUCCGGCGGCGUCGCCCUGGCUGCCGGUACAUAGCCCCUGGCUCGGAACUGCUGCACCUUCUCGCCAUGAAAAUCGUCAGGAGAUAUUACACACACAACGGCCCGGGUAGCGUCAAGAUGACGCCUGUGGAUUCAGAUGAUCUCUGGUUUGCUUACAAUCUAAUACUUCCUGGAGAUUCUGUUAUGGCCGUUACUGUCAGGAAGGUAUUGAGGGAGAUGGCAUCCGGUAGUAGAGAUGGUGAGCGUGUGAAGCUCAAGUUGGAAGUCAGAGUUGAG